GGCUGCGCGCUUAGUUGCUCAGUGGUGUCCGACUCUUUGCGACCCCAUGGACUGUAGCCCGUCAGGCUCCUCUGUCCAUGGGAUUCUCCAGGCAAGAAUACUGGAGUGGGUUGCCAUGUCCUCCUCGCGGAGAUCUUCCCGACCCAGGGAUGGAAUCCAGGUCUCCCACACUGCAGGCGAAUUCCUUACCGUCUGAGCCACCAGAGAAGCCCAAGAAUACUGGAGUGGCAGGCCUGGGAAACCCUGGACUGCCUGGCACGCGGCACAGCGUGGGCAUGGCAGUGCUGGGGCAGCUGGCGCGGCGGCUGGGGGUGGCGGAGAGCUGGGCACGCGACCGGCGCUGUGCCGCGGACCUCGCCCUGGCCUCACUCGGAGAUGCCCAGCUGGUCCUGCUCCAGCCACGGAGGCUCAUGAACCUCAACGGGCACAGUGUGGCCCGGGCGGCGGAGCUGUUUGGACUGACUGCUGAGGAAGUUUACCUGGUACACGAUGAGCUGGACAAGCCGCUGGGGAAAGUGGCUCUGAAGUUGGGAGGAAGCGCCAGGCAAUGCCACGACUGCGGGUGGGCAUCGGGAGGCCGACCCACCGGGACGCAGUGCAGGCCUACGUGCUGGGCCGCUUCUCCCCUGCUGAGCAGGAGCUGCUGCCUCCAGUGCUGGAGCGUGCUGUGGACCUGCUCCUGGACCACAUCCGCCAGCGGAGCCAGGGGUCUUCGUCGGGCCCCUGAGGCCAUGGACUUGGCUGUUUGCUCAACUGUCAUGCCUGCACCCAUCCACCCAUCCACAGAGGUGCCACGCCGGCCUGUGGAGUCUUUUAUUAUUUUUUUUAAUAUCACUCUUCUCUGGGCUGCCCCAGGCUGCCUGUGGACUAACGCGGGGACUGUGACCAGAACAGUCCUUCUCUAGGAUAGGAGGUUGAUCUUCUUUCCGUCUCCUACUUCGAAAGUAGGGAAACUUCAGGAAGACUAAGCUUUUUGAACCUUUUCUGAGGAGCAGAGGUGUGGAUCUGUAAGAAUAAAGGUGCCAGCUUAGAAGCUGAAGCCUCCGUGGGGGUGUUCCCACCCCUCCCCUGCCUGUGGAGGAGGGGCCCACAGGGUCCAGCAGGCUCCCCUCCCAGGGGAUGUGUGGGUGCGUCUGGGUCCACUGAGGCCUUGACACACCUUUUCAGCCCAUUUUACAGAUGGGGAAGUGGAGGCUUUAGAGAGG